AUGAAUCAAACGCAGCCAAUACCAACACAAUAUCCACCGCCAGGGAAAGUAAUGGUUCUUGAACAGCAUCAUCGGCACCACACACGUCACCAUCAUCAUCACCAAAAUGCUGCUGAAAAUACUCAGCAUCAACAACAACCUACACAUAGUUAUCCGCAAAUACCAACGGGACCCUAUGGACAACAAGUUCAGCAACACCCGACAGUACAAAUCGCACCGCAACAACAACAUUUAUAUCAAGGUGUUCAACCAACAAGUUCAUUCCAUUCUGUUUCAAGUAUCGAUUCUUCCGCAGAAAUGUCAAAAUACUUUCCAGAUGCACAAACUCCAAGUCUUUCUCCCUUUAGACAUCAUCAAGCGCAAGUAGAUGGUACCGAAUCAUCUCAUAAAACACAAGCUUCAACAGUAGCAACAAGUUAUGGAACAAGUGUUACUAAUGGGCCUUAUACAAAUGUACAACAGCCACACCAACAACAGAAACUACGACCUGUUCACACUCAAAUUACGCCAAUUAGACAAUCAGUGGGACCUAUACUACAAUCCGUGCGUUCUCAACCACAACUCCGAACGCCUCAAUCCACAAGUACCUAUCGAACACCUGGUUCCCAAGUAACUAGUCGUCCGUCCAAACCCCAGGGCAUUACAGGUGCUCCAUCAAUAAUUGAAGGCAUACAAAUAUCUCAGGCACUUGUCAACGAUGUAUUAGUUGAUUUACAAUCAAAAGUUCUUAAUGAAUCUAUGCAAAAUUUUUAUGAAGAUGGAUCAGGUGGUACUCAUAUGGAACCAUUACCACCAAUCUACAUAUCGGCUCCGCAACCAACGGUUAUACUUGGAUCUGAUCUACAACGUUUACGAGCUGAAUUAGGCAAUAAAAAUAAACGACCAGUUAUAUAUCGUCAAUUGAGACAAGAUUAUUUAAGAGAUCAACAAACAAUGGCUAGAGCACAAUUGAGGGCAAAUCGUCCAACUUCUUAUCCCACAAAUUGCUACCCUACACCCAAAUACACAUAUUUAAACAGAGUAUUCUCAACACCGAGACAAUUAAAUAAAGAAAGAUCAACAUACAGUCAGAUGCAACAUCCAUCUUGGGUAUUAGAUGAUCAACUUUCAUACGAAACAUAUCCAACAUCGAAUGAUGCAAGAUUUGAUCCACAAAUGGGCAUAUACACAGUGCCUGAUUCAGAAACAGCCAAAUAUGCACAUUUACCACCACAUUUAAGACAAGAAUAUGCCUAUUUCACAUCACCAUCAACAUAUCGUUCCCCACCUCCACCACGACGUUCAUCAACGUUGAGAAGGAAAAUUAGUCGACAAACAGAACCGUAUUGUUGUACGUGCGGUGGUGUGUCCGGCAAAACUAUAGUAAAAAACGUUUUCUAUAAACAACAAGAACAACAAGAAUCAGAUUCACAAUAUGACUGUGCCGAUCUUUUGAGAAAAUUACAAUCUCAUGUUAGAAUAAGAUAUGGUUAUGGCACCAUGAAUAGCGAUGAACCAUACGCUUUAGCAAAUUACAAUGAAUUAACACGAACACUUGAUUUUCCUGUUUAUGUGUCCAGUUUUCAAGAUAAAACUUUAAUACCACUUCCUGCAUAUUAA